AUGCAAGCUCAACCCAUACCUUUUAAAUUAAAAUAUGGCUGAAAGCAGGGAGUCUCCUCUUGUUUCAUUGGAAGACAUUACCAGAGCUGUGAGUGUAUUGGAGGCCAGUCCUCAUGUUGAUAGAACAGGAUUGAUUCGUGUAAAUCCUUCACGCUAUGGGAUAUCAGCAAAUGGAACUGAGCUCUACUUCAAACUGGAAGGAAUGCAGAACAAAGGAUCCUUUAAAUUAAGAGGUGUUGUAAACCAACUGGAGAAUGCUCCUCCUGAGGUGAAGGAAGGGAAGAGGACACUGGUCACAAUGUCUGCCGGUAACUAUGGCCGCUCCUUUGCUUACCUUUGCAAAGAGAAUCAGCUCAAGGGGAAGGUGGUAAUGCCAGACGUAUCUCCAGCAAACAGAGCAGAACUGAUCCGAGGCCAUGGAUUAGAGGUACAGCUAGUGCCUACUUCACAGCUUAAGGAGACAGUGGAGCAAUGUGUUCAAAAGGAGGACAUGCUCUUUAUGCAUCCAUUUAAUGACCUUCACCUCAUUGCUGGGUAUGGUAGCAUCGGCUAUGAGUUGUACCAGGAACUGACUAACAUUGAUAUCAUCAUAGUCUGCUGUGGAGGAGGGGGCCUGUUAGCUGGGAUUGCUUCAUAUGCUAAACUAUCAGGAAAAGGAUCUAAUACUCGUCUCAUUGGAGUGGAGCCUGAAGGAGCCCCCACCAUGUACCUGAGCUUAAAGGAAGGACGAGCGGUUGAGAAACCUGAUGCUAAGAGCAUAGCAGGAGGUCUGUCACCUCCUUAUGCUGGGACCAAUACUUACCAAAUAGUGAAAGAGUUUGUAGAGGAAGUGGUUCUUGUUAGUGAUGAUGAGAUCAAGGAAAGUGUGAGAUUAUUGUACAAUAAUGGACUGGUAGUGGAGCCAUCAGGAGCUGCUGGCCUAACUGCACUGAGGUGUGGCAAGAUUAGAGAUAUUGAUGGAAAGAAAAUUGCAGUAAUCAUCAGUGGAAGCAAUGUAUCACCUCAGGAACUUGUUAAUAUUAUGCAAUGAUUGUAGCUCAUUAAUUAUUCAUGAUUUAAUUGGUAAUUAAUAAUAA